GAUUGAAUACGGCGACAGGUUUCGCAUGAAAUCGUAUGUAGCUACGGUUAGAGGAGGUUGUUUCUUGUUUUCCGCGGGAUUUUGUCGAAAAGAAAUCCAUUUGGAAAGGCGGCGCCGACAGUUUUGUAGAUCCCAUCACUAGACUAGCCCACAAGAGCAGAGAUCCCGUGGAACACCCGAGUGGCAUCCAUAUACAUUAUCACGCCAUGGAGAAGGUCGUGCACAACGUUGACUCGGCGCCCGUUCUGGUCAGCAUGACCGUGCCCAAGUCCAGCAGCCUGUACUGCUUCACCGCGAGGAUAGACCCUGAGGACAUGAAGGACCCGUCGGCCAGGUCCGACUUCCACUGGCAGACCUUCAAAUGCAGGCUGCUGGUGUUCAGCGCGCCGGUGCUGGUGUGCCCCGUGCGGUCCGUGGACGGCCCGCUGCGCGACCUGACGGUGGUGUGCCGGCGCAGCGAGCUGGACGAGCAGCACGAGCAGCUGCCGCAGCCGCCGUCCGAGGUGCGCGCCAAGCUGGCCGAGCUCAACCUCACGCUGAUCCGGGUGCGGCCCCUGUCGGACAGCGAGUACGCCUCGUGCCUCGAGUACACCCUGCAGGCCAAGCUGGCGCCCCUGUGGAGCCCGCUGGCGAUGCGGCUCGUGCAGGGCAAGGACUUCCUCACCUGCGGCGAGCCCAGGGACAGCGUCAGCCUCCGGAUCAACGUGAGCGAAUGGAAUGAAGAAAAAUCACCCUAA